CCCGAGAAGCCGAGAGCUGUAAUGCUGUCAACUUGUUAUUUACUUUCCAAAUCUGAAUGACUGAGCAAGGCGAAAGAAGAAUCAAUCAACCACAAUGUGACCCUACAGGCGGAAAAAACGCAGCGCUCCCACCAGCAGGCGGUGGGGGAAGGGAAGCACGUGUAACCAGGGCAGAGUUGCAUCAGGAGCUCGCUCGGGUUUUCUAUUGCACCCUUCGUUUUUCGAUUGCAUGUAAUACCUCAGCAUCAGUCUGCACAAGCCCAGGGAGCCCGGGAGCAACGAAGGGCAGGCUCAAGGCAAGGCCCUACCAAGUCCUUUUGGGGGGGCCUUGAAAGGCCAACUGAUACAUAAUAAGAUACAAUCUAUUCUGCUGAUUCACAAUUAUGGAGACUGUGUAAUUGAAGAUAGACGAGAGACCUGAAAAUAAACCCUCCAAGGAAGGGAGGAUUUGCCUGCAUUUGGCUCUGAGUGCUCAUUGAACAUCUGUGCCUGACAUUGGGCCGUGAAGACUCAACACCCAACAAUUUUUUAACAGUAACUUGAGGCCCGUCAGAUUUGAACAAAGGAAACUGGCUGGUUGUUGUGGACGCCUUGCCAUUUCUAUGAUCGGAUGCUGGGAAGCCCUCUGCUCCAAAGGUGUACAGAUGAAGUCACCAUAAAGAGGGUGGCUCCCGCUUCAUUAAGACCUCAUCGCUGAGAGGUGAGGCUAAGAUGAGCAUAACCAGUGACGAGGUGAACUUUCUGGUGUAUCGGUAUCUCCAGGAGUCAGGCUUUUCCCACUCGGCUUUUACGUUCGGGAUCGAGAGCCACAUCAGCCAGUCCAACAUCAAUGGGACGUUAGUGCCACCGGCUGCCCUCAUCUCCAUUCUGCAGAAGGGGCUGCAGUAUGUGGAAGCCGAGAUCAGCAUCAAUGAGGAUGGCACAGUGUUUGACGGCCGCCCCAUAGAGUCCCUGUCCCUGAUCGACGCAGUGAUGCCCGACGUGGUGCAGACACGGCAGCAGGCGUUCCGAGAGAAGCUCACUCAGCAGCAGGCCAGUGCGGCGGCAGCGGCGGCGGCGGCAGCAGCAGCGGCGGCAGCAGCAGCCGCCACGGCGACGGCAGCAGUGGCAACCCCAGCGGCUGUUUCCCAGCAAAACCCACCAAAGAACGGAGAGGCGACGGUGAACGGAGAGGAGAACGGAUCACACGUAAUAAAUAAUCAUUCGAAACCAAUGGAAAUAGAUGGGGAUGUUGAGAUUCCACCCAACAAAGCCACAGUCCUCCGGGGCCAUGAGUCCGAGGUGUUCAUUUGUGCCUGGAACCCUGUCAGUGACCUGCUAGCUUCUGGAUCCGGAGACUCCACGGCAAGGAUCUGGAACCUUAAUGAGAACAGCAAUGGGGGGUCCACGCAGCUUGUGCUGAGGCACUGUAUCCGGGAAGGGGGCCACGAUGUCCCCAGUAACAAAGACGUCACCUCGCUGGACUGGAACAGCGAUGGAACACUACUGGCUACAGGUUCAUAUGAUGGUUUUGCAAGAAUAUGGACGGAAGAUGGUAACCUGGCCAGCACCUUAGGCCAACAUAAAGGCCCCAUCUUUGCCUUGAAAUGGAACAAAAAGGGGAAUUAUAUUUUGAGUGCUGGUGUGGACAAAACAACAAUAAUUUGGGACGCCCACACAGGAGAAGCCAAACAGCAGUUUCCUUUUCAUUCGGCGCCCGCCCUGGACGUGGACUGGCAGAACAACACUACCUUCGCCUCCUGCAGCACCGACAUGUGCAUCCAUGUCUGCCGGCUCGGCUGUGACCGCCCCGUCAAAACCUUCCAAGGACAUACAAAUGAGGUCAAUGCCAUCAAGUGGGAUCCUUCUGGAAUGUUGCUGGCAUCCUGCUCAGAUGACAUGACAUUGAAGAUCUGGAGUAUGAAGCAGGACACGUGUGUCCAUGACCUUCAGGCUCACAGCAAGGAGAUCUACACCAUCAAGUGGAGCCCCACGGGGCCAGCCACCAGCAACCCAAACUCCAGCAUCAUGCUGGCCAGUGCUUCUUUUGAUUCUACGGUCCGGCUAUGGGAUGUGGAGCGAGGCGUCUGCAUCCACACACUGACCAAGCAUCAGGAGCCUGUCUACAGCGUAGCUUUCAGCCCUGAUGGGAAAUACCUGGCCAGUGGCUCCUUCGACAAGUGUGUCCACAUCUGGAAUACCCAGAGUGGAAGUCUCGUCCACAGCUACCGAGGCACCGGCGGCAUCUUUGAGGUGUGCUGGAAUGCCCGAGGAGACAAAGUGGGGGCCAGUGCGUCCGAUGGCUCUGUGUGUGUUCUGGAUCUGCGGAAGUGACCACAAAAUGUCACAGAAAAAAAGAGACAAACGAUUCUAAAGGACCAGCAGGGAAUGUGUGAGGCUGCAGCACUGUUCAGACACAACUCUUGCCAGCUCCAGAACGGUGCGCACUGACCUGGUUAGUGUGUACUCUGAGACCAGCCCAGCCCUGGCCGCAGGAGGCUGUAUUUUUAUCACAAUCUUCAUCAAGAAGUUUAUAAAACACAAAAGGCAAACAAGAGCAAAAGCAAAAACACGGUCAUAUCCAAGGGGGAAAGAAUGGUCCCCGCCGAGGACAGUCAGUCCAGGGAACGCGAGGCCACCAGGUGGAUGGUGCAUGGUUUCCAUCCGGAACAGGCUCUGUGAUGGCUGAACAGAACAGAGUGGAAAACAAUUUUAAAAGCUGUGCCAAAAAAGAGGAAAGAAAAAGAAAAAUGCUGUGAUAAACCUACCAAAAGGGGAAGAACAAAAAGCCCCACAAACCCCCCUCGCCGUGGCAUCACUUUAUUUUGUGUUUUGUUUCCCCUAACGAUUUGGACACUACAGUGGCUCUGAGAAAGGAUCUUCAGAGACCAGUUUGUACCAAUGAGAUGUGCAACUUCGUCACCCCACAAGGCCGUCUCCUUUCUAGGAUCUUUGUUCAGUGGUGUUUCUCUUGGCUGGGAUUGUGUCGUCCAGGGCCUGCGGUCUGAGAUGGAAACUGGUGUUGGUGUUUGCUCCUUGCCUCCAUCGCCCGCCGCCCCCGCCACCUUCCUCCUCUGUCUGGUGAGGUCUGGCUUUCCCUGCACCCUCCAUAGGCACAGCCACGUGGACACGAUGAGAAGAUCUCUGGUGGACAGCUUUCCCCACCUCCACCCUCCCUGCCCCCCCUUUGCGUCCUCCCCCAUCCACCCCACCCCCACCCCGUCUCUCUCUCUCUCUCUCUCUCUUUCUCUCUCUGUCCUUUGUCAUAGUCACUUCAGAUCUGAGGUCUCAAGGGCACUUUUGGUGCAUAACAAGUGCUUUAUGUAAGAAGGCAGGGCCGGGGAACUUUUUACAGGAGAAAAAAAAAUGACUUAUAAGAGAAAGAGCCUGGAGUAUUUUUGGAAAAAAAAAAAAUAUUUUUAUGUUAAAACAAUUUUAAAAUCCUAAAAUGGCCAUCAGACAUAGAGAGCUUUGUGUGAUUCAUAUUUUAGAAAGAAUUUAAGAAGACACAGGCAGGGUCUGCAGAAACUCUUCCCUUCCUCCUCAGCUUCAUGAAAGGUGGUCAAGAAAACACCCAUGGAGGUCGCCCCUGGGGGUGAUCACGCCUGAGACAGCAGGGGCCUCCAGCAGCCAGUGAGAAGGAUCCCAGCUCUGGGGUGGAGGAAGAGCAGUGUGUUUACUGUAGCAGUGACAACGGGAGCAUGCUUGGACCACGAGGAAGUGUUUCUGGAACCAGAGGGUACACUGGAGAAGCCCACACCUCAGCUGGAUCCACCUGUCACCCACACAUUCCCUCAGCAGGGCAGCAGUGGCCACUCCACCAGGAGCAUGUGACAGGCUAUGCCUUUCCCUCAGCAUGGCGGUGAUGGCCAGUCCAUCGAGAGCAUGACAGGGCACCAGGGCCUCUCCAGCAGGAGCCUGCAACAGGCCACACCUUUCCCUCAGCAGGCUGCUCCACCAGGAGCUUUAUGGGGUAGCAGUGUCCUCUCCAGCAGGAGCCUGCUACAGGCCACACCUUUCCCUCAGCAGGCUGCUCCACCAGGAGCUUGAUGGGGUAGCAGUGUCCUCUCCAGCAGGAGCCUGCUACAGGCCACACCUUUCCCUCAGCAGGCUGCUCCACCAGGAGCUUUAUGGGGUAGCAGUGUCCUCUCCAGCAGGAGCCUGCUACAGGCCACACCUUUCCCUCAGCAGGCUGCUCCUCCAGGAGCUUGAUGGGGUAGCAGUGUCCUCUCCAGCAGGAGCCUGCUACAGGCUGCACCUUUCCCUCAGCAGGCUGCUCCUCCAGGAGCUUGAUGGGGUAGCAGUGUCCUCUCCAGCAGGAGCCUGCUACAGGCCAUUUCUUUCCCUCAGCAGGCUGCUCCACCAGGAGCUAUAUGGGGUAGCAGUGUUCUCUCCAGCAGGAGCCUGCUACAGGCCACACCUUUCCCUCAGCAGGCUGCUCCUCUAGGAGCUUGAUGGGGUAGCAGUGUCCUCUCCAGCAGGAGCCUGCUACAGGCUGCACCUUUCCCUCAGCAGGCUGCUCCUCCAGGAGCUUGAUGGGGUAGCAGUGUCCUCUCCAGCAGGAGCCUGCUACAGGCUGCACCUUUCCCUCAGCAGGCUGCUCCUCUAGGAGCUUGAUGGGGUAGCAGUGUCCUCUCCAGCAGGAGCCUGCUAUAGGCUGCACCUUUCCCUCAGCAGGCUGCUCCACCAGGAGCUUUAUGGGGUAGCAGUGUCCUCUCCAGCAGGAGCCUGCUACAGGCUGCACCUUUCCCUCAGCAGGCUGCUCCUCUAGGAGCUUGAUGGGGUAGCAGUGUCCUCUCCAGCAGGAGCCUGCUACAGGCUGCACCUUUCCCUCAGCAGGCUGCUCCACCAGGAGCUUUAUGGGGUAGCAGUGUCCUCUCCAGCAGGAGCCUGCUACAGGCCACACCUUUCCCUCAGCAGGCUGCUCCUCCAGGAGCUUGAUGGGGUAGCAGUGUCCUCUCCAGCAGGAGCCUGCUACAGGCUGCACCUUUCCCUCAGCAGGCUGCUCCUCCAGGAGCUUGAUGGGGUAGCAGUGUCCUCUCCAGCAGGAGCCUGCUACAGGCCAUUUCUUUCCCUCAGCAGGCUGCUCCACCAGGAGCUAUAUGGGGUAGCAGUGUUCUCUCCAGCAGGAGCCUGCUACAGGCCACACCUUUCCCUCAGCAGGCUGCUCCUCUAGGAGCUUGAUGGGGUAGCAGUGUCCUCUCCAGCAGGAGCCUGCUACAGGCUGCACCUUUCCCUCAGCAGGCUGCUCCUCCAGGAGCUUGAUGGGGUAGCAGUGUCCUCUCCAGCAGGAGCCUGCUACAGGCUGCACCUUUCCCUCAGCAGGCUGCUCCUCUAGGAGCUUGAUGGGGUAGCAGUGUCCUCUCCAGCAGGAGCCUGCUAUAGGCUGCACCUUUCCCUCAGCAGGCUGCUCCACCAGGAGUGCACACUCAGCAAGUCCUUCCAUGCAGAUCCCACAUAAAGGGCCCUGGCACAUCCCUUGGUGUAAUGAUGAUAAAAGUUAACGUGGAAGGAAGGUUUUUUUCAGUGCUGAACAUGAAUUACAUAGGUAGAAAGUCACUAGAAGUUUCUGCCACCUUUAUAAUUUCUUUCUCUCACAAAAGACUAGGAGAAAGAUUCUUCUUUUUUUUUUUUUUUAAAUAAUGAAUCUUUUUACUGUUUUUAAAAAAGUAAACAAAGCUUUGUGUUCCUAGAAGAGCUUCCUUUCAUUGGUCAUGCGACCGUUGUACUCCCAUUGUCAUGAGCCGACGCUGACUUAUUUUUUUGGAUUAGCAACUGGGGCACGGUCUGAGGACUGGGCGUCCUCUCUCGCGGGCUUUCCUGUGGGCAGAGGAGGACCUGGGGAGGUUGGCCAGGCCCUUGAGGGCUGCCGAGUCAGACAGUGGGAAGGGUUCAGUCCGGUAUGUGUUCUAGCAGCAAUACAGGGUGUUAUCACAGGGUGGUGUCCAUCCAUAGAGCUGAAAAACAGCCUUCAGGGAGGGACCAGGACUAGGAAUGUGCUGGGACCAGCCACAAAAGCCAGGUUGCGUUAAUCAUUCUCAAUUAAUUCACUCUCCUGCACUUGGUUAUGUGAAUUCUUCAAACCCUCACGACCAAAAGACUGCUCUGUUUCCGAGAUGAGUAUUUUAUUCAGGCUCUGUUCCCUAAACACUUAGCAAAGAAGGCCAAAGUUGGGUGGCGUCACCAUGCCCAUCUUUGAAGAUCGUCCCCAGACGAGUUGACAGCUUCCUGCCCUGAGGACUCAUUCGGUUAGGGGGGCCGUCUGUGGGGGCCCAGAUGAAGACCAUCUUUACUGCCCCACUCAUAAAAAUGCACUCAUCUCUACAGAGUGUCAGCCAUCAAAUGUUAACCCCCAUCGUUGGGCUGCGGCUUGCAUUUCACAAACCAGAAUGCCAUACGAUGGUGCUGGUCAGAUGUACCGUGAGGAAUUCGUUAGAUCAUCUUCACAUAAGUGUCAGUAGCCAGGGUCUCUCCAGAGUGUUGGCUAUAGUCUUUUGUAUGUGAACCUCAUCGUAAUCGUCAGGUUGGAGCCCGGGGCUGUGUGACUUUGGACUCAGGCUCCAUGCCUGUGCCUGUGAGGAACCCUUGGACGAAUGGAGACUGUCUGCAUCCCGGCUUCCCACCUGCCGCUGGCUGAGAGGGCUGCCCAGCAUGAGGACGUGGCCAGCGCCCUCCUUCAUCCUUCUGCUGCCGGAAAGUUGGCGGGUUCAUCUUUGUCAUCAUGGGGGUGGCCUUGAUGUUGGAAUGUUUUUGUCCGACAUUUACAGCUCUUAAAAAAUGAUGAGGAAAGUGUGUUAGUGACCAAACGUAACCUUGAGAGCAGACAGCACAAGGGUCCCUUCUGAGGUCUUUCGUUGGGUGUGCAGUGGCUGACACCUGGGAAACGGAUGCUGCCCACGGGGGACCAAAUGGGCCGGAUGCGACAGGGCUCAACCCUCUUAACCCACAGCACUGUAGGACUGGACUUGUUUCGUCUUUUUAAAACUAGAUCAUGGAGCCAAGUCAAGUGCACUUUGUCAACGUAAGGGUCUGCUUUGUUCCUUAUUAUUUUCCUCUCUUCUAACCUUUUGUUUCACUUUUUCUUUUUUUAAUUGUGUUUCUUGUCCGAUGCAGAAAUGUUCUUUCCACCACUCACUGAAGUUUUGAAUUCUGGCUUCUGAGGUUUUUAUUGUCUGUGUCAGACGUACAGCCAGACGUGGUUCUCCAUCAGCAUUUUCCAGAUUCUGUUCAAACGACAUCCACCCCUGUUCCAUUCUCUUCGCCACCCAUGCUCACCCUCACGCUCUUUGGAAAAAAAAAAAAAAAAUCACCUGUGUGUCGUAGCUCAUUUGUUUCAAGAGAGAAUCAACAGAUCAUAUUCAGUGUCUUGAAUAAAUUGCUCUAUUUUGAUAUUAGAGAA